CAUCCAUGUAAAAAAGCAAUAAAUACUUCACGUAGAUAAAACCAAGUAGAUUGUGGGUGUGCUGUUUUAAGCACAUCUGCACCGUUUACAAACGCAAACAAGCAACUUAUUCACAAGAGGGCGCGCCCUUCCUCCGACGAACCUUUUGCUUUAAGGAAAUAAGAAAACUUCAACUCCCAGCAGAACUUGCGGCCACCCGACCCUUUCCUUUCGCUUUGCGAACGAACGCAAGGCACCACGGGACUCGUAGUUCCCGCGCCCUCUCGUUCCGGCUUCCCGUCGCCAUGGCGACCGCGCGCCUCCGAACACGUGGAGCUUGACGAGCCCGCCCUUGGUCUCCUGGCGGCGGGCGUGGAGUGGAAAUCGAGGCCCAGGCUUCGGCGGGGCGUGCUAGGCCGCACCCCGCUAUAAAAGCCACCUGGGGGGGCAGGUCUUCCUUUCCCUGGAAGCCAUGAAGCGGGUGGUGGCUGCGGGGCUGGUGCUCUGCCUCUUGCUCCUCUGGGGCCGGUUCUCCCGAGGGGGCGCGGGGCCGCGCGUCUACCUGAGCAGCUGGGCGGUGCGCGUCCCCGCGGGAGCCCAGGUGGCGCAGCGCCUGGCGCGCAGGCAUGGGAUGCUUUACCUGGGACAGGUGAGGGUGGCUUGCAUCUACCUGGGCAAGGAGAGCAGCAGCCAUCCUUCUCCCCAGUGAAAUAGGCUGGGGAGAAUAAUAAUAAUAAUAAUAAUAAAUAAUGUGUCCCCCACCCAUCUGACUGCCCUUCCCCAGGGAUGAGAAGGGAUAGGAAAGAUGGGGCCAAUUUCUUUCCCUGGAAGGAGUCGGGUCGAGUGUGGCCUCUGAGCACGCACGGAGUGCAUUCUGCACUGGAAGAUUUGGUGCCAGCGGCGGGUGGCUGCCCGGUUGUCCCAAUAUGGAGGUUUGAUUGAGCCAGGUUGAUGGGAUCGGUGCGACCCACUGGCAGUCCCAAGGCUCUGCCCUCCUAGUUCGGGUCGAGUGUGGCAUCUGAGCACGUGUAGAGUGCUUUUGCACCGAAAGACUUGGUGCACCCAGACCCAACGCCCACCCGGAGCAGCGUCCAGGUUUUGCGAGCGGCCCGAUAGGCUGCUCUUGGACAUGGAGGUUUGAUUGAGCCGGGUUGACGUGAUUGGGGCAACCCACAAGCUCUGCCAUCCUAGGUCGGGUUGAGCGUGGCCUCUGAGCAUAUGUGGAGUGCCUUCUGCACCGAAAGACUUGGCGCACCCAGACCGAACAGUCUCAAAGCUCUGCACACCUAGGUCUGGUCCUUACAGAUAGACUGCAUCUGAGUAUGGGGUUUCCACUUAGUCUUGGCGGCUGAUAGCGCCCGGUUGCGGCAUCUCAAUGCAUUAGUUCAGGGAAGUUUUUAAUGUGUGACAUCUUAGUGUAUUUUUGGUCUUUGUGGAAGCCGCGCAGAGUGGCUGGGGAAACCCAGCCAGAUGGGCGGGGUACAAAUAAUAAAUUAUUACUAUUAUUGUUGUUGCCGCUGUUGUGUCUUGCGGUGGUGUAGUUGCCUUUAAGCAGCAGAAAAAACUAUGCAUUCCUUUUUGUGUGUUUUGUUUUGUUUGUGGGCAAAGUGCCUCUGGACCUAUGAGGAAUGCCGUAAUUGUAACAGCUAAUAACUCUUCUGUGAUAAAACACACACACAAACACAGAAUCAGAAGUGUAGCGUUGGAAGGCACCCCAGAGCUCAUCUAGUCCAACCCGCUGCAAUGCAGGAAUCUUAGCUAAAGCACCCAGGGCCCAUCAGUGUGUAGAUAUUGCUGGACUCAGCCAUGCGAGCGAAACGAAAUCGGUCCAUGCCCAAGGGAGCUUCCAAUUGAAAAUUCAACACAGGGUGGCUAUUGAGAAUGGUAAGAAAUAUGGGCUGCAUCUGCCAGAGUCGGCAUGUUGUUGUUGUUGAGUCGUUUAGUCGUGUCCGCCUCUUCGUGACCCCCUGGACCAGAGCACGCCAGGCCCUCCUGUCUUCCACUGCCUCCCGCAGUUUGGUCAAACUCAUGCUGGUAGCUUCUAUAACACUGUCCCACCAUCUCGCCCUCUGUCGUCCCCUUCUCCUUGCGCCCUCCAUCUUUCCCAACAUCAGGGUGUUUUCUGGGAGUCUUCUCUUCUCAUGAGGUGGCCAAAGUCUUAGAGCCUCAGCUUCAGGAUCUGUCCUUCCAGUGAGCACUCAGGGCUGAUUUCCUUCCGAAUGGAGAGGUUUGAUCUUCUUGCAGUCCAUGGGACUCUCAAGAGUCUCCUCCAGCACCAGAAUUCAAAAGCAUCAAUUCUUCGGCGAUCAGCCUUCUUUAUGGUCCAGCUCUCACUUCCAUACAUCACUACUGGGAAAACCAGAGCUUUAACUAUACGGACCUUUGUUGGCAAGGUGAUGUCUCUGCUUUUUAAGAUGCUGUCUAGGUUUGUCAUUGCUUUUCUCCCAAGAAGCAGGCGUCUUUUAAUUUCGUGCCUGCUGUCACCAUCUGCAGUGAUCAUGGAGCCCAAGAAAGUAAAAUCUCUCACUGCCUCCAUUUCUUCCCCUUCUAUUUGCCAGGAGGUGAGCGGCCCAGUGGCCAUGAUCUUCGUUUUAUUGAUGUUGAGCUUCAGACCAUAUUUUGCGCUCUCCUCUUUCACCCUCAUUAAAAGGUUCUUUAAUUCCUCCUCACUUUCUGCCAUCAAGGUUGUGUCAUCUGCAUAUCUGAGGUUGUUGAUAUUUCUUCCGGCAUACCGGAAGAGUUGUCAUAGCCUUCCAUUUUUGAGGUUUCCUUCUAAAUGGUAGUCUUUCACCCCCCCCCCCAAAAUCGUGCCCCCAAACCAAUCCACAGCACCGUUGCUGGCGUCCGUCUCGAGAGACAAUGGAGUGCGCCUCCGGCAGUGAAGUCAAACCGCUGCGUUGGCAGCAUCGAAGUAACUUUCCCAAGGUGCAAGUCUGGGCCGUGUGUCUGGAGGUCCCGGGCAGCCCAGACGACAAGACCCCCUCCUUGACCUCAAAUAUGGGGUCCGAAGGAAAGCAGAGCGAGAUGUUUGGCACCAGCUUGGCUGCAGGAAUUGCCAGAAGGAGGCGUACAGGGCGCCAUCCAACCGUCUCUGGAUCUGUGUCGGAUUUCCUCCCGUGCUUUUUCUUUUCCCAAAGAUAUCCCCGUAAAGCAGUCGAGGCUUAGGGUCAGAGCUCGUGGGGGGGAAAAUACCUUCUUGACUGUUGGACCCAUCCUUGGUCGCACCAACACCAUCUCCAGGAACUUGUCUUGCAAAAAUACCGUAUUUUUCGCUCCAUAGGACGCACUUUUUCCCCUCCAAAAAUGAAGGGGAAAUGUGUGUGCGUCCUAUGGAGCGAAUGCAGGCUUUCGCUGAAGCCUGGAGAGCGAGAGGCAUCGGUGCGCACCGCCCCCUCUCGCUCUCCAGGCUUCAGGAAGCUAUCCGCAAGCCUUGCACGCCCGGUGGGAGUUCCCGCGGGCUCACAAGGCUUGCAGGCAGCAGCCUGCAGCCCCGGCGAGUGUCCGCAAGCCUUGCGCGCCCGGCAGGAGGUCCCGCCGAGCGCGCGAGGCUUGGGGCAGCAGCCUGUCGCCCGAAGCACGGGGAGCCCUCCGGAGGGCUCCCGUGCUUCGGGCGAGUGUCUGCAAGCCUUGCGCGCCCGGCAGGAGGUCCCGCCGAGCGCGCGAGGCUGGGGCUGCAGCCUGUCGCCCGAGCACGGGAGCCCUCCGGAGGGCUCCCGUGCUUCAGGCGAGUGUCUGCAAGCCUGCGCGCCCGGCAGGAGGUCCCGCCGAGCGCACGAGGCUUGGGGCUGCAGCCUGUCGCCCGAAGCACAGGGAGCCCUCCGGAGGGCUCCCGUGCUUGGGGCGACUGUCUGCAAGCCUUGCGCGCCCGGCAGGAGGUCCCGCCGAGCGCGCAAGGCUUGGGGCUGCAGCCUGUCGACCGAAGCACGGGAGCCCUCCGGAGGGCUCCCGUGCUUCGGGCGAGUGUCUGCAAGCCUUGCGCGCCCGGCAGGAGGUCCCGCCGAGCGCGCGAGGCUUCGGGCGGCAGCCGCGGGGGGGGGAGGAAUAAUUUUUUUUAUUCAUUUCCCCCCCCAAAAAACGAGGUGCGUCCUAUGGGCCGGUGCGUCCUAUAGAACGAAAAAUACGGUAGGUUUUUUUAUUCAUUGCGUCUAUAUCGCAAAUUUCCUCCCCACUGUAUCUUCUCAACAACCCUAGGCCGAAAAGGAAGAACAGGUCACCCAGUGAGUUUCAUGACUGAGUGGGGACUUGCACCCCAGGUGCUAAUCUGACACUCUUAACCCAGGGGUCAGCAAACUUUUUCAGUAGGGGGCCAGUUCACUGUCCCUCAGACCUUGUGGGGGGCCGGACUAUAUUUUUUGGGGGCAAAUGAACGAAUUCCUGUGCCCCACAAAUAACCCAGAGAUGCAUUUUAAAUAAAAGCGUACAUUCUACUCAUGUAAAAACACCAGGCAGGCCCCACAAAUAACCCAGAGAUGCAUUUUAAAUAAAAGCGUACAUUCUACUCAUGUAAAAACACCAGGCAGGCCCCACAAAUAACCCAGAGAUGCAUUUUAAAUAAAAGGACACAAUCUACUCAUGUAGAAACACGCUGAUCCCCGGACCGUCCGCGGGCUGGGUUGAUAAGGCGAUUGAGCCGGAUCCGUCCCCUGGGCCUUAGUUUGCCUACCCAUGGGAUAAAAAGGGUAAAAAGACCCCUGACCAUUAGGUCCAGUCAUGACCGACUCUGGGGUUGCGGUGCUCAUCUCGCUUUACUGGCCGAGGGAGCUGGCGUACAGCUUCCAGGUCAUGUGGCCAGCAGGACUAAGCCGCUUCUGGCGAACCAGAGCAGCACACGGAAAUGCCGUUUACCUUCCCGCCAGAGCAAUACCUAUUUAUCUACUUGCACUUUGACGUGCUUUUGAACUGCUAGGUGGGCAGGAGCUGGACCGAGCAACGGGAGCUCACCCCGUCGCGGGGAUUCGAACCGCCGACCUUCUGAUCAGCAAGUCCUAGGCUCUGUGGUUUAACCCACAUCGCCACCUGCGUCCCUAUCCCUGGGACAGGUCUUCCUUUUUGCCACUGCCCUCCUUCUGUGUCUUAAAAAUGCUCCCUUUCCUCCGAGCUGAAGUUUCCCCCUUGCCUUUUUCAGUCCUGUUGGCCAAGGAGGAGGGGAAAGCUCACCCUAAGACUUCCUGAUUCUUCCUUUUGUUCUGGCAGGUGAUCGAGGGGGAGCCUUAUUACCACCUGAAGCACAGAGGCAUCGUACAGAGGUCACUGACUCGACACUGGGGCUGGCACAUCCGUCUGAAGAGAGAGCCUCUGGUAAGCCGAGCGAAUUGUGGAAGGGGGCUGCAGGAAGAGAGAGACUCAGCUCCUUUUACCUUGGUUCUAUCCACUUUGUUUUUGUUUAGUCGUUUAGUCGUGUCCGCCUCUUUGUGACCCCCUGGACCAGAGCACGCCAGGCACUCCUGUCUUUCAGUUUCUCCCGCAGUUUGGUCAAACUCAUGUUCGUAGCUUCGAGAACACUGUCCCACCAUCUCGUCCUCUGUCGUCCCCUUCUCCUUGUGCCCUCCAUCUUUCCCAACACCAGGGUCUUUUCCAGGGAGUCUUCUCUUCUCCUGAGGUGGCCAAAGUCUUGGAGCCUCAGCUUCAGGAUCUGUCCUUCCAGUGAGCACUCAGGGCUGAUUUCCUUCCGAAUGGAGAGGUUUGAUCUUCUUGCAGUCCAUGGGGCUCUCAAGAGUCUCCUCCAGCACCAGAAUUCAAAAGCAUCCAUUGUUCGGCAAUCAGCCUUCUUUAUGGUCCAGCUCUCACUUCCAUACAUCACUACUGGGAAAACCAUAGCUUGAACUAGAUGGACCUUUGUUGGCAAGGUGAUGUCUCUGCUUUUUAAGAUGCUGUCUAGGUUUGUCAUUGCUUUUCUCCGAAGAAGCAGGCGUCUUUUAAUGCAUAGCCAGCAGUAAAUUUCAUAUCAACUCUACACUGCAUGCAAUCUUGACAGGCAGCCCAUAAGAUCAUACUGGCAUCACUGGGGUGGCGAGCGAGGAGGGAAACACUUUUUAAAACGCCUGUCAUUUUGCCUGUAGGUCCCUUGGUUUGAACAGCAGACAGCGAAGAGGCGAGUGAAGAGAGCCGUCACAGUCGUCCCCACUGAUCCGUGGUUUUACAAGCAGUGGUACAUAGUGAGUGUCAUCAGAUACGGUCUGGGGCACUGGCAAAGAUUCAGAGGAGGGUACGCAAGGAGCUCAGAGGCACUCAGGCAGGGGUAGGCAACCUAAGGCCCGUGGGCCGGAUGCGACCCAAUCGCCUUCUCAAUCUGGCCCAUGGACGGUCCAGGAAUCAGUGUGUUUUUACAUGAGUAGAAUGUGUGCUUUGAUUUUAAAUGCAUCUCUGGGUUAUUUGUGGGGCCUGCCUGGUGUUUUUAGAUGAGUAGAAUGUGUCCUUUGAUUUUAAAUGCAUCUCUGGGUUAUUUGUGGGGCAUAGGAAUUCGUUCAUUCCCACCCCCAAAAUAUAGUCCGGCCCACCACAUGGUCUGAGGGAUGGCGGACCGGCCCACGGCUGAAAAAGGUUGCUGACCCCUGGGCUCAGGGGUUGGCCCGAGAGGUUGCUGGGAGAAAUGGCGCAAAUGUUUUUAUUAUUGUUUCGAUUUCGAUUUUAUAUAUUGUGAUCUUUUCUGGGAACCGCCCCAAGACCUCCGGGUAUAGGGCAGAAUAUAAAAUCAAUAAAUAAAAUAAGAAAUAAAUAAGUAAAGGACUUGAUUUAAAUCAUUUUAUUUUUACAGACAGACUCUUUCUUUGCAACCAGAUGAAAGUUUCAUUUUUUGGAAUAAUAAAUUUUCAGAGUGGUUUUUGCUGUUAUAUCAGAAAUGACUGAUUUGGUUAUACUGUUAGAAACACAUAGACAGAUAAUUAUGAAAUUAUCGUGAGGUUUAAUAAGUUAACUGUUUGGACAACUUUUCUGCUGUACUUUAUUGGAAGGAGAAAAGCAACCAUUUCCUUAAUAACAAUUUGAACAAUUUAUUUAACGAAAACAAUAACGUUAUAGCCUAUGUAUCCAUGUUGUUUAACCACAUCAGUUAACAAACAUGGAUACAUAGGCUAUAACGUUAUUGUUUCCGUUAAAUAAAUUGUUCAAAUUGUUAUUAAGGAAAUUAUGUUUUUCAAUUGUUUAAAUUGAAAAAAGAAACUUAGACUGAGACGGAAAAACUUAAAACAAAUCCUUAUUUCCUGAUGAACUUUGGACUACAAUGUAACUUAAUGUAAUGUAACUUAUAUAAUGUAACCUAUAGCCUUUGGACUAUAAUGUAACUUAAAUAGAAAACUAUCAUUGGAAAGAUUCCCCCCCCCCCCAAAGCAUUUUAUUUUAAAGAUCUGAUUUUAAUUCAAAAAAUCUGAUUUAAAUAAAGAAAAUUCGAUUUUUUAAAAAGUCAGAUUUUUUAAAAAUCAUUGAUUUUUAUCCACCUUGCUCCUUUGAAAAGAUGGGUUGAGAGAGCAAAACAGAACAGCAAAGCCGACCACAUUUUCCUGCCGUCUUUUGUACUCUUCUGUUUCAGAACAGCGAUGUGUUUCCGGACCUCAACGUCCUCUCAGCCUGGAGCCAGGGCUAUACGGGCUCUGGGGUGGUGGUGAGCAUCUUGGAUGACGGUAUUGAGAAGGACCACCCUGACCUCGUAGCAAACUAUGUAGGUAGAAUCGGGGUCCCUUGUCUAGGGAGGGGGAGAAACACAGUUCAGCUCACAGUGAUCCAUGCGACGGUCACCUCCAGGCUUGACUACUGUAAUUCGCUCUACGCGGGGCUGCCCUUGAAGCUGUCCCAGAAACUCCAGCGGGUGCAGAAUUCUGCAGCGAGGCUCCUCACGGGGUCUCUGCCAUGGGAGCAUAUUCACCCAGUGCUUUUCAAGCUGCACUGGCUCCCGGUGGAGUACAGGGUCAGAUUUAAGGUGCUGGUUUUGACCUUUAAAGCCCUGUGUGACCUAGGACCCUUGUACCUACGGGACCGCCUCUCUCGGUAUGCCCCACGGAGAUCCUCAAGGUCCAUAAAUAGCAACACCCUAGUGGUCCCGGGCCCUAAGGAAGUUAGAUUAGCUUCAACCAGAGCCAGGGCCUUUUCAACACUGGCCCCGGCCUGGUGGAGCGCUCUGUCUCAUGAGACCAGGGCCCUGCAGGAUCUGAUUUCUUUCCGCAGAGCCUGUAAGUCAGAGUUGUUCCGCCUGGCCUUUGGCUUGGAGCCAAUUUGAUUCCCUCCCCCUCUUUCUUUUUUCUUUUUCCUUUCUCCUCCUGUGAUGAGGCUGCAUUUUAAUAUUUUAAUGUUUCAAUAUUUUGAUUGUUGUAUUUUAAUCUUGCUUUUAAGUUGUAUUCAUUCAACUUGUUUUUAUAAUUGCUUGUUAGCUGCCAUGAGCCCGGCCUUGGCUGGGGAGGGCGGGGUAUAAAUAAAAAUUAUUAUUAUUAUUAUUAUUAUUAUUAUUAUUAUUUAAUUCACGUUUUCUGAAACGAUAAACAAACUGAAACAGUCUUUCUUCUUCAUGUGCCUCCUUCACGAGAGGGUGGCAACACAAGAACAGGGCCUUUUCUGCGGUGGCUCCCCGUUUGCCUCCCAGUACACUGUACGUUUCCAAGCACAAUUCAAAGUGUUGGUGCUGACCUUUAAAGCCCUAAACGGCCUUGGUCCAGUAUAUCUGAAGGAGCGUCUCCACCCCCAUCGUUCUACCCGGACACUGAGGUCCAGCGGUUCCCUCGCUGCGAGAAGCGAAGUUACAGGGAACCAGGCAGUGGGCCUUCUCGGUGGUGGCACCCACCCUGUGGAACGCCCUGCCACCAGAUGUCAAAGAGGAAAACAACAACCAGACUUUUAGAAGACAUCUGAAGGCAGCCCCGUUUAGGGAAGCUUUUAAUGUUUAAUAGACUAUUGUAUUUUAAUAUUCUGUCGGAAGCCGCCCAGAGUGGCUGGGAAAACCCAGCCAGAUGGGCGGGGUAUAAAUUAUUAUUAUUAUUAUUAUUAUUAUUAUUAUGCUCUCCCCAGGGAGACUCACCUGACGCCUUCAUUAUACACCUUUAUACACCGUAUGCGCCAAGCGAAAGCAUUGUUUUGCAACCAGGUUUGGGGCUGAUUAACACCCUUUUAAAUGUGUUUGUGGGUUUGGGUUACUGGUCUGUGGGGGUUUUUUGUUCUUGUUUUUAUUGUGCGCUUUCUGUUUUUAUAUUGCAUUUUUACGUUGUGAACCUCCCCGAGAACUGCGGACGAAGGGUAGGAUACGAAUUUAACAAAAUCCUUUGACAUUUACACUUGCUGCUGUAGUAACAUUCAUAAAUACCGUAUUCUUUGCUCUAUAAGACUCACUUUUUCCCUCCUAAAAAGUAAGGGGAAAUUUGUGUGCGUCUUAUGGAGCGAAUGCAGGCUGCGCAGCUAUCCCAGAAGCCAGAACAGCAAGAGGGAUUGCUGCUUUCGCUGCGCAGCGAUCCCUCUUGCUGUUCUGGCUUCUGAGAUUCAGAAUAUUUUUUUUCUUGUUUUCCUCCUCCAAAAACUAGGUGCGUCUUAUGGUCUGAUGCGUCUUAUAGAGCGAAAAAUACGGUGAAUUUAUACCCCUAUCUAUCCCUAUAAUUCCCAAAAGAAAAGCUUCUGACUUUUUUUGAACAUCCUUUUCCAUUCAUUGCAUAUCAUUUCCUAGUAAGCUUUAACCUUACUACAACACCAUAUCUGAUAAACAGAACCUUCUUCCUCUUUACAUUUCCAACAUUUGUUCGAUUUAGAUUCAUACAUUUUUGCCAAUUUACUCGGUGUUAGAUACCAACGAUAUAUCAUUUUCAUAUAAUUUUCUCUUAAACCAUAGCAUGCUGUAAAUUUUAUAUCCAUAUUCGACUCUCACUGGACUGCUAUUAACUGGUUUUGUUUCUUGUUUCUUGGGAACUGGAGCUUCAUUGAUCUUGGCUUUUUCUUUUAGGACCCCGAGGCCAGUUACGACUUCAAUGACGACGACCCUGACCCGCAGCCGCGAUAUAAUGCUUGGGACGAGAAUCGGUGAGUUUAUCCUUCUGCCAGAGUCUUGUGGCGUGGAGUCAGAUCCAUAGCUGUCAACCGUCCCUUAUUUGGCGGGAAAGUCCCUUAUCCCAGCGCUGUGUCCCGCUGCUGCUCCUUAUUGAUGAUGUCCCUUAAAUUUCCCGGGUUUCAAAGGAAGCAGCUCCACUCCCUCCCUCCCUGCCGGCCAGGGAGGAGGGAGGCUCCAACCGUGUUGCUUGGCUGCGUUGCUCACCCAAUAAGAAGUCUAAGAACGACUGGGGGUGGAGCUUGCAUGCCUUGUGCCAAUCAAAUCGGCCGUGUUGCUGGGGACUCGCCUUUGCUCAGCGCUUCCCAGCGGAGAGGUGAUGGUGGUUUUCCUUGCUGCAUCCCCUUUGCCGGGUUGCUGCGCUGUGGGAACCACCGCUUGAGGCUUCGUUUGGCUGCUGGCUGGGCUUUCUGCCUUUGGCUCGGAGGGGCUCAGAAGUCGAACAUACCUGCGCUGGGAAAAUCCCUUACUUUGGCUGCUGAUCCCUUUUUUUCGAGGCUGCUGGUCCCUUAUUUUCAAAACUGUAAGUUGACAGCUAUGGUCAGAUCUGUUUUGGCAAGCGCGAUCCAUCUUGGACUGGCCGCAACCAGACUGAGGAACACGGAGGAAUUAUUUUACAAACAUUCUUCCAAUCCUAAAUUCAGUACAGUGGUACCUUGGUUCUCAAACUUCAUCCGUUCCGGAAGUCCGUUCCAAAACCAAAGCGUUUCAAAACCAAGGCGCUCUUUCCCAUAGAAAGUCAUGCAAAAUGGAUUAAUCCGUUGCAGAUUUUUAAAAACAACCUCCAAAAUAUCAGUUUAACAUGAAUUUUACUAACGAGGCCAUUGAUCCAUAAAAUGAAAGCAGUAAUUAAUGUACUGUAAAAUAAAUAAGGCAGUAUUGUAGAUGAUAAAAAUUAAAAUUAUUUUUUUUCCUUACCUGCACACAUGAUAGUAAUUGUUUGGAUGGGGUUUUUUAUCCAUGUCCGCAGUCACACAAUCAAUCCAUCAGUAGCUGAACUGGGUUCCACACAGUCGCAAAAACAAAUGAACCAAAAAAAGCCUCAAAAACAAAAAAUGCAAAAUAAAUAUCGAAAACAAAAGCGCCAAACUUCUGGAAGUCUGUUUGACUUCUGAAAUGUUCGAAAACCAAGGUGCAGCUUCUGAUUGGUGCAGGCGCCCCGGAAACAAUAGCCGACAGCUGCAUUGGACGUUUGGCUUCCCAAAAAUGUUCGAACUUACUUCCGGGUUUGCGGGGUUUGGGAACCAAGGCAUUUAAGAGCCAAGGUACCACUGUACUGUACAUUUCCUCAUCAAUUUGCAAUUUAUUUACCGUAUUUUUCACUCUAUAAGACACACCCGACCACAAGACGCACCUAGUUUUUGGAGGAGGAAAACAAGAAAAAGAUAUAUUCUGAAUCUCAGAAGCCAGAACAGCAAGAGGGAUCGCUGCGCAGUGAAAGCAAAAAUUCCUCUUGCUGUUCUGGCUUCUGGGAUAGCUGCGCAGCCUGCAUUCGCUCCAUAAGACGCACACACAUUUCCCCUUACUUUUUAGGAGGGAAAAAGUGAGUCUUAUAGAGCAAGAAUUACGGUAUUUUUUAAAAAAAAGUCACCAUGAAUAUUCACCUGUGUUUUAGUGUGACUUUCCCUUAAUGUCCAUGUUUGCACGCUGUUUCGCCUCCUGCCUGUGAGUUUUCCAUGGCUAUUUCCCAUAAUAUUAUGCGCAAUAUUUCCAGGCACAGCUCCUAAUAGGUGCAUAUCUCUGAUCCAUCCUUUGGCUGGAGAAACGCACUGUAGAACUCAAAGAAGCGCGAAUUUCAAAAGGCAGCAGCGUUUCGGUUCGCGAGUUGCUUUGUUUUUUGGUAGGGCUGCCUUUAAACGCGGAGCAGAACUGGACUGCUCCCUUGUCCUUAACUCCUGUUUGCGUCUUUUAAUCGCAGGCACGGGACUCGCUGCGCUGGGGAGGUGGCCGCCACUGCCGACAACGACGUUUGCGGAGCCGGCAUCGCUUACCGGGCAAAGAUCGGGGGCGAGUGAGCCCUUGUUUUUGGGAUGACUUGGGGAAAAGGAGGGGGUUUGGGGUGAAUUGCAAGAGGAUGUCUGCGGAGGAAACAGCCCAGGAAGAUGUUACAAGGAAGGGGCCAAAAGAUUCCAGAUUAUAUGACUGGGUUUUUUUUGGCUGCAUGCACCCCAUACCUUUAAAGUACACCCAAAGCCCACACACCUCCAAGAAUCCUCUCUGAGCUACAAGUCUCACCAGCAUCCUUAAACUACAGGUUUAGAGGUCACCGGGCGAUAAGGAAGUCAGACUAUCCUCCACCAGGGCCAGGGCCUUUUCAGUGAUGGCUCCGACCUGGUGGAAUGCUCUGUCCCACGAGACCAGGGCGCUUCAGGAUUUAACCUCCUUCGGUCAGGCCUGUAAGACAGAGCUAUUCUGCCUGGCCUUUAAUUUGAAUUCAGCCUGACCUUUUAUUUCCCUUCUCUUCCCUCCCCCUCCCCUUUUAUGAAGAGCACCCGCUCUGAGACCCCACAGCUAAUUGUCCCCUGGCCUCCUCGCUGGCCCAAGAAGGACCAAUUCAGCCUGCUAGCCCUGGGGAUUAUAUAAUUGAUUUUUGAAUUUUAUGGUUAUUCGUGUUUUUAUACUGUAUUUUAUGCUGCUUUUAUAAUUAAGUGUUUUAAAUUAGUUGUUAGCCGCCCUGAAUUGAUAAUUGAUUUAUAGAUAUCAGCAACUUGGUAUUAAUGUACCUCCUUGUAUACACAGCCGUGAUUUUUGGGGGGGGAAAUAUUUCUGUUUAAUUUGUCUGUUGUGGCUUCAGGUUUAAGAUAUAUUUUGUAAGAUAUUAAGCUGUAUGGAAAAUAACUAAACAUAUAGGUAUAAAUAAAAUUAUGGAGACUGCGGCCUGGGAAAACCGACAGAGCAUCUCACCCUUUUUUUUCCUUCCUCUCAGGGGUGAGGAUGCUUGAUGGCACCGUGACGGAUAUUGUCGAAGCUCAGUCCUUGAGUUUCCACCCUCAGCACAUUGAUAUCUACAGUGCUAGCUGGGGCCCGGAAGAUGAUGGGAAAACAGUGGACGGUCCCGGCAUUCUGGCCACGGAAGCCUUCCGCAAGGGCAUAAUUAAUGUAAGAUUUCGCACCCGCCAAAACGGUCCCUGGCAAAUUGUUUCCAGCGUUCGGAAUGCUGCAGGCUGCUGGACUGAUGUAUAGCCUCUUGGGCUUGCUGAUCAGAAGGUCGGCAGUUCGAAUCCCCGCAAUGACGGGGUGAGCUCCCGUUGCUCGGUCCCAGCUCCUGCCAACGUAGCAAUUCAAAAGCACGCCAGCGCAAGUAGAUAAAUAGGUGCUGCUCCGGCAGGAAGCUAAACGGCGUUUCCAUGCGCUCUGGUUUCAGCCACGGUGUCCCGUUGUGCCAGAAGUGGUUUAGUCUUGCUGGCCACAUGACCCAGAAAGCUGUCUGUGGACAAAUACCAGCUCUCUCGGCCUGAAAGCGAGAUGAGCACCACAACCCCAUAGUUGCUUUUGACUGGACUUAACCGUCCGGGGUCCUUUAUCUUUUAAAGGUAAAGGGACCCUUGACCAUUAGGUCCAGUCGUGACCCACUCUGGAGUUGCGGCGCUCAUCUCGCUUUAUUAGCCUAGGGAGCCGGCGUACAGCUUCCUGGUCAUGUGGCCAGCAUGACUAAGCCGCUUCUGGCGAACCAGAGCAGCGCACAGAAACGCCGUUUACCUUCCCGCCGGAGCGGUACCUAUUUAUCUACUUGCACUUUGACGUGCUUUCGAACUGCUAGGUUGGCAGGAGCAGGGACCGAGCAACGGGAGCUCACUCCGUCACGGGGAUUCGAACCGCUGACCUUCUGAUCAGCAAGUCCUAGGCUCUGUGGUUUAACCCACCCACAAAUGCAUCUUUCUUGAUGGUAACAUUUCCUUACCUCCCACCAGUGCUCGAUGGACAGAGGAUUCAGCUUGUGCCCCUACCGCCCCCCUAGAAUCCUGAAACACCCACUAGUGGGCAAUAGGGACCAGGGUGACAACCCUUGAUCUAUGCAUAUCUACAUACAGGAAAUGGAACCAUCAGAAUGAUGCAUCUUUAUGGAAUUAUAUCCCCCCAACAGAUUUUCCCCUUCUGUUUUCAGGGCCGCCAGGGGCUGGGCUCCCUCUUCGUCUGGGCCUCGGGGAACGGCGGCCUCCGCAGCGACAACUGCAAUUGCGACGGCUACACCAACAGCAUCUACACCUUGUCGGUGGGCAGCACGACCGAGAGGGGCAGGGUGCCCUGGUACAACGAGGCCUGCGCUUCGACCCUCACCACCACUUACAGCAGCGGGGCGAAAGGCGAAAAACAGAUUGUGAGAUGCCUUUUUGCUCGCGGUUCUCUUGACAAAGACGGGGGGCAGUUGGAGGGCAGGCAGGGCAUUCAGCCAAUCUCACACACGCGCCGUUUAGUAAAAAGGCUGUUUUUAGAAUACAUACAACUUCUUCUUUGUCUUCCAUAAACACGGUUUUAACAGUGAGUCCGUAAGCGACUGUGGAGGCCAAUUCUGGAUCCACACGUCCUUCCGCAGUGGGGACAUAGGUUUCUGGGUGGGAGUUGAUCCUGGUGAGGGUUUGCCAAGCGUGUCGUCCUCUUAGCACGUUCCUCCCUUGCAUCCUGAGUUUGAGCGUCUUCGAAGCCCACAACACCUUAGGUAAAGGCUGUUCUCCAAUUGGAUGAACUCGUGAGCAGGAUGUGAGCUAUGAGCAGCAGAGAGAGUUAGAGACUGCUGUAUUAGAGUUAGGAUAGGAAAGGAGGAAGAUAAGGUCUACUGCACAGAGUGUAAAAGAAAAACAUCACAGGAGGGAAGUCAAUAAUAUAAAAGAAACACGUAUUGGAACUUUCUGUGCAGUUUGUGGAAAUUUAAUUUUAUAUACACACACACAGUAUAUUCAACAACAACGACAACAACAAAACAACAACAAUAAUAAAGACUUGAGAAAUGGCCCAGCCCCUUAGCCAAAGACCACUGUUAGAGGAUUUAUAUAUAUGAGACCUUUGUUGUUGUUGUUGAGUCAUUUAGUCGUGUCCACCUCUUCAUGACCCCCUGGACCAGAGCACGCCAGGCACUCCUGUCUUCCACUGCCUCCCACAGUUUGGUCAAACUCAUGCUGGUAGCUUCGAGAACACUGUCCAACCAUCUCGUCCUAUGUCGUCCCCUUCUCCUUGUGCCCUCCAUCUUUCCCAACAUCAGGGUCUUUUCCAGGGAGUCUUCUCUUCUAAUGAGGUGGCCAAAGUCUUGGAGCCUCAGCUUCAGGAUCUGUCCUUCCAGUGAGCACUCAGUGCUGAUUUCCUUCCGAAUGGAGAGGUUUGAUCUUCUUGCAGCCCAUGGGACUCUCAAGAGUCUCCUCCAGCACCAUAAUUCAAAAGCAUCCAUUUUUUGGCGAUCAGCCUUCUUUAUGGUCCAGCUCUCACUUCCAUACAUCACUAACGGGAAAACCAUAGCUUUAACUAUACGGACCUUUGUAGGCGAGGUGAUGUCUCUGCUUUUUAAGAUGCUGUCUAUGAGACCUUAGACCUCCUAUAACACCACCCGAAAGCUUCAUGCAAGCGUCACAGAAAAAGGUGGUUUGCAACAGAAAUGUGAGAGAGUGUGGCUUUUGUCUCCUGUUUUGUCGAGAUACCUGAUAAUGUUUGCCGAUUGCCUUAACCUGGCCAGUCUGGGCCGUUAUAUUGAGGUGGCAAAUACCUUAGUUCUCAAACCCAGUUCUCUGGCCUCCCCUAUUCACACACAAAACAUGCCCUUUUGAUUGGAUUUGAAGCCUUUGGGAAUGAAAAGAACGAUUGGGAGAGGUUUUCCCCAAGAUAUUUCCUUCUGCAGAGGAAAUAUGGGGGGGGGGGUCAUUAAGAAUGAUAGAAUUGCAGGAUAGCUCCCCUGUAGUAUUUCGGACGUGUGGUCUAUGUACCUUGCCCAUGAACAUUCGUUUUAUUGACGGCACCUUAUAAUAAUGGGAGAAUACAGGAGGCUGGCUGAGGAAUCUGUGCAACCUUAUUUUAUUUUUGGUGACUCUCUUUCCCCUCGCAGGUGACCACAGACCUGCACCACACCUGCACCAGCGGCCACACGGGAACGUCUGCUUCCGCCCCUCUCGCAGCCGGCAUGAUUUCGCUCGCUUUGGAAGCCAAGUAAGAAGGGAAGAGUUUCGGCUAACCUCUUUGCGGUCCAAGGGCCUUCAAGUCUUCCGGAGGGCCUGGGGCACAAAUCUGACUUCUCAGCUCGGGAAGUAAUAGUGCCACUGUAUUCUGCUCUGGUCAGACCUCACCUGGAGUACUGUGUCCAGUUCUGGGCACCACAGUUCAAGAAGGACACUGACAAACUGGAACGUGUCCAGAGGAGGGCAACCAGAAUGGUCAAAGGCCUGGAAACGAUGCCUCAUGAGGACCGGCUAAGGGAGCUGGGCAUGUUUAGCCUGGAGAAGAGGAGGUUAAGGGGUGAUAUGAUAGCCAUGUUCAAAUAUAUAAAAGGAUGUCACAUAGAGGAGGGAGAAAGGUUGUUUUCUGCUGCUCCAGAGAAGCGGACACGGAGCAAUGGAUCCAAACUACAAGAAAGAAGAUUCCACCUAAACAUUAGGAAGAACUUCCUGACAGUAAGAGCUGUUCGACAGUGGAAUUUGCUGCCAAGGAGUGUGGUGGAGUCUCCUUCUUUGGAGGUCUUUAAGCAGAGGCUUGACAACCAUAUGUCAGGAGUGCUCUGAUGGUGUUUCCUGCUUGGCAGGGGGUUGGACUCGAUGGCCCUUGUGGUCUCUUCCAACUCUAUGAUUCUAUGAUUCUAUGAUUUGAUCUCUUUCAAAUCGGAACCAGUGAAGGCGGUGAAGGUCCUGUGUGAGUGUCUGGAGACGGUUGGAGGAUGGAUGGCGGCUAAUGGAUUGAGGUUGAAUCCUGACAAGACAGAAGGACUGUUUUGGGGGGACAGGAGGCAGGCGGGUGUGGAGGACUCCCUGGUCCUGAAUGGGGUGACUAUGCCCCUGAAGGACCAGGUGCGCAGCCUGGGGGUCAUUCUGGACUCACAGCUGUCCAUGGAGGCGCAGGUCAAAUCUGUGUCCAGGGCGGCUGUUUACCAGCUCCAUCUGGUACACAGGAUGAGACUCUAUCUGCCUGCGGACUGUCUCGCCAGAGUGGUGCAUGCUCUGGUUAUCUCUCACUUGGACUACUGCAAUGCGCUCUACAUGGGGCUACCUUUGAAGGUGACCUGGAAACUACAACUAAUCCAGAAUGCGGCAGCUAGACUGGUGACUGGGAGCGGCCGCCAAGACCACAUAACACCGGUCUUGAAAGACCUACACUGGCUCCCAGUAUGUUUCCAAGCACAAUUCAAAGUGUUGGUGCUGACCUUGAAAUCCAGUAUACCUGAAGGAGUGUCUCUACCUCCAUUGUUCUGCCCGGACGCUGAGGUCCAGCUCCGAGGGCCUUCUGGUGGUUCCCUCCCUGCGAGAAGCCAAGUUACAGGGAACCAGGCAGAGGGCCUUCUCGGUGGUGGCGCCCGCCCUGUGGAACGCCCUCCCACCAGAUGUCAAAGAGAAAAGUAACUACCAGACUUUUAGAAGACAUCUGAAGGCAGCCCUGUUUAGGGAAGCUUUUAAUGUUUAAUAGGUUAUUGUAUUUUAGUGUUUUGUUGGAAGCUACCCAGAGUGGCUGGGGAAAACCAGCCAGAUGGGCGGGGUAUAAAUAAAUUAUUAUUAUUAUUAUUAUUGAUUAGAGCCGGGUGCUGUUAACCUGGCAAAGUCAGGGGCUUGAUCGCCAUACAAGCUACCUGCAUAUUCCUGCAUUGCAACUCUUAUGAUUCUCACUCCCUUCUCCAUCUUUGUAGCCCAGCCCUGACAUGGCGUGACAUGCAACACAUCGUCGUGAGGGCUUCCAGUCCAGCCCACCUCCAGGCAGACGACUGGGCUGUGAAUGGCGUAGGGCGCAAAGGUGAGGCUGGGGAGAGCUGGGAUCAAGGCAACAUCUGGAAGGCUGCCACAUCUGGAGUGCUGCAGGUUCCCUCCCCUCUGUCUUUGUUGUUGUUUAGUCGUUUAGUCGCCUCUUUGUGACCCCCUGGACCAGAGCACGCCAGGCACUCCUGUCUUCUGCUGCCUCCCGCAGUUUGGUCAAACUCAUGCUGGUCUCUUCGAGAACACUGUCCCACCAUCUCGUCCUCUGUCGUCCCCUUCUCCUUGUGCCCUCCAUCUUUCGCAACAUCAGGGUCUUUUCCAGGGAGUCUUCUCUUCUCCUGAGGUAGCCAAAGUCUUGGAACCUCAGCUUCAGGAUCUGUCCUUCCAGUGAGCACUCAGGGCUGAUUUCCUUCUGAAUGGAGAGGUUUGAUCUUCUUGCAGUCCAUGGGACUCUCAAGAGUCUCCUCCAGCACCAUAAUUCAAAAGCAUCCAUUCUUCGGCGAUCAGCCUUCUUUAUGGUCCGGCAGCAUUUCCCAAACUUAGGUCUCCAGCUGUUGGGGGACCACAAUUCCCAUCCUCCCUAGCUAUCAGGACCAGUGGUUAGGGACGAUGGGAUUUGUAGUCCAAGUUUGGGGAAACGCUGCUCUAAUUCCUCCGAGGGAGCAGGAUCUCACCAUUGUUUCUCUUGUUUCUCUCCCCCUUUCAGUGAGUCACUAUUACGGAUACGGGCUCUUAGACGCCGGACGCCUGGUGGAUCUGGCCAGGAGGUGGAAUACGACGGGGCCCCAGAGGAAAUGCUCCAUCAGAAUCGUCUACAAGCCAUUGUAAGGGACAGACUCUCAACAGGCAGAGGGCCUUCUCGGUGGUGGCGCCUGCCCUGUGGAAUGCCCUCCCAUUAGAGGAAAUAAACAGCUAUCUGACUUUUAGAAGUCAUCUGAAGGCAGCCCUGCUUAGGGAGGUUUUUAAUGUUUGAUGUUCUUUUGUGUUUUUAAUAUUUUGUUGGGAACCGCCCAGAGUGGCUGGGGAGACCCAGCCAGAUGGGCGGGGUAUAAAUAAUAAAUUAUUAUUAUUAUUAUUAUUAUUAUUAUUAUUACAGUCAUACAUCGGGUUACAAACGCUUCAGGUUGUGCGUUUUCGGGUUGCGCACCACGCUGAACCCAGAAGUACUGGAAUGGGUUACUUCCGGGUUUCAGUGCUCACACAUGCACAGAAGCGCUAAAUCCCGCUUUGCGCAUGCGUGCCGAACUGUGACCCGCGUGUGCGCAGACACGGAGCUGCAGGUUGGAAUGCUGCGGGUUGCGAACAUGCCUCCUGCACGGAUCACGUUUGCAACCUGAGCAUCCACUAUAUUAUUAUUAUUAUUAUUAUUAUUAUUAUUAUUAUUAUAUACCCUCCAAGCAGCUUGGCAACUAAUGUGCUAGCUAAAAAAGGCACUUUCUGGGUCAUGUGGCCAGCAUGACUAAGCCGCUUCUGGCGAACCAGAGCAGCGCACGGAAAUGCCGUUUCCCUUCCCGCCAGAGUGGUACCUACUUAUCUACUUGCACUUUGACGUGCUUUCGAACUGCUAGGUUGGCAGGAGCAGGGACCGAGCAACGGGAGCUCACCCCGUCAUCACAGGGAUUCGAACCGCCGACCUUCUGAUCGGCAAGCCCUAGGCUCUGUGGUUUAGACCACAGCGCCACCCGCGUCCCUUCAAUAUCUUUUAGACGUUGACAAAUUAGACGGUUUGCUUUGGUAAGGCUGAAAUCCAAUGGUAGCUCUUCUUGAAAGGGGCCGAACAUGUUCUAAGCCAGGCACCCCCAAACUCGGCCCUCCAGAUGUUUUGGGACUACAACUCCCAUCAUCCCUAGCUAACAGGACCAGUGGUCAGGGAUGAUGGGAAUUGUAGUCCCAAAACAUCUGGAGGGCCGAGUUUGGGGGUGCCUGUUCUAACCCCGCUGCAGAUAACUCCACCUCUUCUUCUUCUCCCGCCCCUUUGGCUUUCUCGCAGGCUGAUUGGUUCAAGGCUGUCCAUCGCUAAAAACGUCACCUCCUCCUCCUGCCAAAGGAAGGACCAGAGCAUCCAUUCCCUGGAGCACGUCCAGGUCCAGCUCUCCCUCCGCUACAGCCGCCGAGGAGAUUUAGCCAUCUCUCUGACCAGCCCCAUGGGGACCAAAUCCACUCUGGUGGCUGUCAGGUAAGGCCGGGCGAUAUAUUGAUACAUCGUCCCAACCCGAAGUCCAUAUUGUGAUGUCGGCUUCACUGUUUCUGACCGGCCCUAAUUUCGCUAAUCAUGAUGGGCUGUACAGUGGUACCUCGGGUUAAGUACUUAAUUCGUUCCGGAGGUCCGUUCUUAACCUGAAACUGUUCUUAACCGGAAGCACCACUUUAGCUGAUGGGGCCUCCCGCUGCCGCUGGAGCACGAUUUCUGUUCUCAACCUGAAGCAAAGUUCUUAACCUGAAGCACUAUUUCUGGGUUAGCGGAGUGUGUAACCUGAAGCGUAUGUAACCUGAAGCGUAUGUAACCCGAGGUACCACUGUAUUUUGCCCCAAAACCGGUUUCAAGCCUGUGUUAUGAUAUUAAUCAUUAUAAAUUUCCCCCAAAUAAAAGACAGUUAGUCAAGCAUUUCCCAGUACAGUGGUACCUUGGUUUAAGAACAGCUUAGUUUAUGAACAACUUGGAUUAAUAAUAAUAAUAAUAAUAAUAAUACCUUUAUUGUCAUUGUACAACCUGUGUAAUGGCGUUUCCGUGCGCUGCUCUGGUUCGCCAGAAGUGGCUUAGUCCUGCUGGCCACAUGACCCAGAAGCUGUACGCCGGCUCCCUUGGCCAAUAAAGCGAGAUGAGCGCCGCAACCCCAGAGUCAGUCACGACUGGACCUAACGGUCAGGGGUCCCUUUAUCUUUAAGCCUGCUAAUUCAGCAUAUUUCAGCUGCCGCUCCUCUUUCGUAAGUACUGCAUCCUCCCAUUUUUUGACCCGGCAAUAUAUUGCAAAUCAUGACACGUGUGUGUGUGUGCUUUGCAAAAAUCACCAUGUGAGUGGAAACCGUGAAGCCGGCUCAUGCCUCUACAAUGGCCCCAGUCUUAUUUCAGACAUCCUGAUAUAUCAGCAAUGUUUAGCUGGUGAUAGAUCAUGAUGUUGAAAACCGGAUUAUCGCCACGUGCUUCUACAGGCUGAACAGCCCCAAGUCCUUCAACCAUUCCUCAUAAGGCAUGGUUUCCAGAGCCUCGAUCCUAUGGAUACAACGGUGGUUGGUUUAAUCACGGCUGGAGAGGGUGAGGCGGCCUAUAGGAAGGAAGUUGAGUAGUUGGCGGAGUGGUGCAGGAAAAACAACUUACUCCUUAAAGAAAACAAAAGAGAUCUUUGUGGACUUUAGGAAAUGUAAAUUGAAUAUUCAGCCACUUAUUAUUGGAGGGAAGUGCGUGGAACAGGUCUCGCUGUUUCGAUUUCUGGGAAUGGAGUUGAGAGACGACCUAACCUGGGGAGAAAACAGCAAAGAUCUGGUGAAGAGAGCACAGCAGAGGUUAUAUUUUCUGAGAAUCCUCCGGAAAAACAAUCUCUCAAAGGACCUGUUGAUGGCAUUUUACCAUUGCACUGUGGAGAGUGUAUUAACCUAUGGUCUGUGUGUGUGGUUUGGGAGCUGCACGGCCAGGGAAAAAACAAUGCUGUCCAGGGUUGUAAAGACUGCGGAGAGAAUAAUUGGGUGCACUCUUCCCACCUUGGAUCAAAUCUAUGCUUCCAGGUGCCAUCAGGAAGCUGCAGAGAUAGCUUCUGCCUUCUGGAAGAAGGUCCAGGGUUAUAAAGACUAGGACUAGCCGCCUGAGAAACAGUUUCUACGCAAAUGCAAUUCUGGUUCUAAACACAGCAUAAGGGGUCUCUAUAGUAUAGUGUAUUUUAAAAUGGGGUUUCAGAGUUUUUAGGGGUUUUUGAAUGUUUUAUGUCGUUUUUCAAUUUCAUUGCUCUGCAUGGGACAAUGACAAUAAAGAUAUCGUAUAUCGUAUAUGGGUCACUUUCUAGCUUGUCGACAUCCUUCUUAAAGUGGGGUGCCCAGAACCACACACAAGAAUGCAGGCGGGGCCAGAUCAAAGCAGAAUAUUAUCACCCUUGUUUUGGAUACUAUGCAAUUCUAUGGAUGCAGCCCAGAAGAGUGUUAGCUUUUUUUGCUGCCGCAUCACACCGUCGGCUCAUGUUAAGCUCGUGCACGAUUUCUCUCUCUUGCCCGCCAGGCCUCACGACACCAGCCGCGAGGGGUACAGGGACUGGUCAUUCAUGUCCACACACUAUUGGGACGAAAAUCCGCGGGGCGUCUGGUCCCUUCUGCUGGAGAACAAAGGCGACGCGUACAACACGGGGUCCCUCGACAGCUUUGUGUUAAAACUGUACGGCACAGAGGAAGAUAUGAGGGCGAGACCGGCCGCAGCCUCGAUGGUGGGCAGCUGCGCUAUGCGAAGCGCUGAUGGAGAAUGCCUGGGUAAGUUGCGUCCAUCCCUCCUUACCCCAGCUGGCGGGCCGUGGAGCCUGCGGAACUCCUUGCCACUGGAUUCCAGUAACAAAAGAAAUAGAUUGUUGGAAAAUGGGGGGUGGGGCUCUUUUGGUUUGGCGGGAGGGACCAUUAAACUCCCCCACCCCAGGCCGACUUUGGUAGGUGAUUGACAGGUGGAGGAGUCCGAACCGUCUGGUCACGGCGGACCCGUGCACGUUGAUGUUUUUCUUGCUGGGAAAUGCAGCGCUCAGCAGGUGCAGGCAGCAAUUAGACUUUGGAAAGCUGGCGCCGCCAGAUCAAGUACCGUAUUUUUCGCUCUACAAGAUCCACCAGACCAUAAGACGCACCUAGUUUUUGGAGGAGGAAAACAAGAAAAUAUAUAUUCUGAAUCCCAGAAGCCAGAACAUCAAGAGGGAUCUGGCUUCUGGGAUAGCCGCACGAAGCCUCUUCAGGGCAGCGGGAGGAAGGCUCCCCCAAGAGCCGCACUCCCUUUAAAGAGCACGCGGAGCGUGUCUGCGGCUCUUAGGGGGUUUUCCCCGAGGAGGGAGAAGGGCAGCUCUUUAAAGGGAGCGCUGAGCAGAGCCUCCCGCCUGCAUUCGCUCCAUAAGACACACACACAUUUCCCCUUACUUUUUAGGAGGGGGAAAGUGCGUCUUACAGAGCGAAAAAUACGGUACAUCAAAUUUGCCGCGAGAGUCCUAGGUUUGGAACAAAUGCGCGAUGAAUAACACAGUAAAAUCCAAGCCGCGAAACCCCCGCUGCUUUUCACGCCGUUGUCUCUCGAGACAGGCGGAUGCCAACAAUUCUGAAUACGGCCGUGCUUCGGAAUAAUAAUAAUAAUAAUAAUAAUAAUAAUAAUUUAUUAUUUAUACCCUGCCCACUCUGGGCGGCUUCCAACAAAACACUAAAAUACAAUAACCUAUUAAACAUUAAAAGCUUCCCUAAACAGAGCUGCCUUCAGGUAUCUUCUAAAAGUUUGGUAGUUACUUUUCUCUUUGACAUCUGGUGGGAGGGCGUUCCUCAGGGCAGGCGCCACCACCGGGAAGGCCCUCUGCCUGGUUCCCUGUAACUUGGCUUCUCGCAGCGAGGGAACCACCAGAAGGCCCUCGGAGCUGGACCUCAGUGUCUGGGCAGAACGAUGGGGGUGGAGACACUCCUUCAGUCUGGCUGCCGCAUUCUGGAUUAAUUGCAGUUUCCGGGUCACCUUCAAACGUAGCCCCACGUAGAGCGCAUUGCAGUAGUCCGACUUCCAAAACAUUUGUAAACCAAGGCGCAGCUUCCGAUUGGCUGCAGGAAGCUCCUGCAGCCAAUCGGAAGCCGCGUCAGAACAUUCGGGUUCCAAAGAACGUUCGCAAACCAGAACGCUCACUUCCAGGUUUGUGGCGUUCAGGAGCCGAGACGUUAGACUCGCAAGGCGUCCAGCUUUCGAGGUACGACUGCAAUGCUGUUUUUACAGGGUAGGGGGGCUGUUCCUGGGACUGAGUUCAUGGAACCCUGCGGCCGUCCCAACAAAAUUUGGGAACCGUUGUUCUCCGCCUCCCCUCCGGCGUCUCUCCUGUGUCGCUCACCCUCUCUUUCUCUUCUCAGAAUGCCACGGCCCCUUCUACGUCCUCCAGCGCCGAUGCGUCUCCUACUGCCCCCCCAGAUAUUAUGCCCUCUCCCGGCCCUCGCUGGCUCCCGACGGGACGCCCCGCAACGCCCGGUCCUGCGCCGCUUGCCACCCGUCCUGCUACACCUGUCUCGGAGGCACGGAAAACAACUGCACUGCUUGCCCGCCUUUCAGUAGCUUCCAAGAAGCCGACCACCGCUGUCUCCAGCACCCGUACUACACGUCCCGGGGAGGGGAGGUCACCCGGGGGCACGGGCACCUUCCGCUCCUGCUUGCGGUGGCCCUGAUGUUUGUGGGGCCCGUCGUCUUCUCCCUCCUCUAUGGGGCUUACCGCCUGGCCUCCCGCAGGGGCCAGGGGCGGAAGGGGGCAGGGGCCCGGGCCGAAUCCGGAUCGGAACCACUGUGCCUGAACCAGACGGAGGAAUGUUUAAAGGAGCCGCUGCGGAAGCCUUUCCCGUGAAAACGAAAGCUGGAGGACUCGAACCCGGCUCUGCAUUGAUGCCUUGUUUUGUUUUUUUACUCUCCCUCUCACCCCAAAAAACACCAAACCCUGUUUUUUCUUGAAUGCAAUACAAUCUCAGCCUGUGUAUUGUCUGUUUGUGAUUGAGGGGUGCGGUUUGCGUCUUUAAGUUUCGCGGGUUGUUUAUUAUUGCUUUUAUCUCGG